GCCGCGCGUGUGCUCGCCCGUGGGAGGCCGGUGGGAGGGCGAGCGUGCCCAGGGACGCGCGAGGACCGCCGCCUGCACCCGGAGGCGCGGCUGCUCGCGUGGGGGGCGGCCCGCGGGCGGCCGGGCCUCCUGGCCCUCUGUUUGGGGUUCAUCGACGUGGUUAAGCUCCUGGAACUGCGACCACGUGUGUGUUGAGGGAAAACUCCUGAAUGCGGACAUUCUGCAGCCAGGGAGGGCCUCUGUACCCAACAGGCGGAGGGCUCAGUCUGUGAAUAUCCUGUAAGUGUCUGGAAUGUACACCUGGUACCUCUCCGCUGGUAUCCACGGCUUAACGAAGUAAAUAGAAGAUGUCAAGGAGGAAUACGGUGCGCUUGGUAAUUGCUGAAAAGGCAUUGAAGUGCGAGGAACAUGAUAAAAAACACCCAGGUUAAUGCCUGAUAAAGGAAGCAUGUACUACCCACGGGUACAACAUUAUCGAGAACUGCUUGACUCAUUGCCAAUGGAUGCCUAUACUCAUGGCUGCAUUUUACAUCCUGAGCUAACUGUGGACUCCAUGAUCCCUGCUUAUGCAACCACAAGGAUUCGCAGCCAAAUUGGUAACACAGAAUCUGAACUGAAAAAACUUGCUGAAGAAAACCCAGAUUUACAAGAGGCAUACAUCGCAAAACAGAAGCGACUUAAAUCAAAGCUGCUUGACCAUGACAAUGUCAAAUACUUGAAGAAAAUUCUUGAUGAACUGGAGAAAGUCUUGGAUCAGGUUGAAACUGAGUUGCAAAGAAGAAAUGAGGAAACCCCAGAAGAGGGCCGCCAGCCUUGGCUCUGCGGAGAAUCCUUCACUCUGGCAGACGUCUCUCUCGCUGUCACAUUGCAUCGACUGAAGUUCCUGGGGUUUGCGAGGAGAAACUGGGGAAAUGGAAAGCGACCAAACUUGGAAACCUAUUACGAACGUGUCUUGAAGAGAAAAACAUUUAACAAGGUUUUAGGACAUGUCAACAAUAUAUUAAUCUCUGCAGUGCUGCCAACAGCAUUCCGGGUGGCCAAGAAAAGGGCCCCAAAAGUUCUUGGCACCACCCUUGUGGUUGGUUUGCUUGCAGGAAUGGGAUAUUUUGCUUUUAUGCUUUUCAGAAAGAGACUUGGCAGCAUGAUAUUAGCACUUAGACCCAGACCAAAUUAUUUCUAGGCUUGUAGGGAUCUGGUGGUGGCAACUCAUCCAACCAUUCAACUAGGCCCUUGUUCACUCUUCCAGGCCCAGUGAAGAAUGACCCUGGGCAAUUAGUAAAAAGCAUAAUUUACUUUACUCUUUGGGUAGUUUUGUGGGAAGAAGAGGUAAUGAAAAUGUUUUUGUGGGCUGGUAACUUUGAGAUUACUUAUUUGCAAACCUGAACUAAUCCAUCCUUAAAACAUGUGCAAGGUCAAAAUAUGUAAAUGCUGACAAAGAACUAGACCUUUAACUCAGAAUGCCAGUUCAAGGUCUGAAUUACUUUUUGGGAGAAGGUUCUUACUAUGAGCAGACAGUAAUCAUCUGUGAUUGCCCAUAGCUCUUCAUCUGAGACAAUCUGGAUGUGCUGAGUGUUGAGUAGUUAGCAACAUUUUCCACUGGAAUUCAGAAAUCAUCUUUGUUUCACAACCUGGGUUCUGACAGCAGCAGGGUACAAUAGUACUUCACAUUAUCACUCAGAUUCAGGCAGAAAUGAGAAAGACAAAGGGAACAGGGAGAGGGUUAAUGAAGUCAAUCUAGUGAAGAACAGUAGUAGGCAACCUCCAGGCACUUCCAAUGCUACUCAUGGCUGCAUGUCCCCUUAGUAAACAUCAGACUACUUAUGGCCACUGCCCGUGUAUUCUCCUAUACUUAAGACCUUGGGGAAAUGACUAGGGAGUUACUGGGGGGAGUGGGCUGGAGAAAACUCUGGGCUUUACACUUACAGCACCUCAUCUGACCUUAGUAUUAUUUUAAAUGCACAUGAUUCACACUUGUUUUAAUAAGACUAACUGCUUGUAUACUUGUGUGUGGAAUGCCCACUGGAACAUGUCUGCCUAGCAUUUACAUAAAAGUCUUAAGUGGUUCUUUUCCUCACAGUUCCUCAACUGGGUGGUACGUGUGAGAUAGCACUCCUGUGGACCUUUGUGUCCAGUCAGUGGGGGGUCUUGGCUUCUACAGCUCUUUUUAGCACACAAGUGGAAGUCAGGUGAAUGUCCCAGCUAAUUACUAACAUGGCAUGUGGCUGGGUAGUGGAUAUUUUAAUGAUCUGGAAGUACUAAAUAUGCUCAUUCUGUAUUUGAAAAGUCUGGUGUGUUAAAAAAAACCUGUUGCCUAGACCUUGCAUCUGUUUAUUGUCCUUAACAAGGCCUUAAAAGGUUAAAGAGAAAGGUCUAGUCUUAGUCUGUGGAAAUUAAUUUAGGGGAAAUGAAAUAAGUUGAUAGUGAUGUUCACUUAUAUUCAUUCAUGUAUGUCUAGGGAUUUCAGGGGGGGUACCUCAGUCCAUCUAGAAGGGACAACCCCACUGUGCCCCAUGAACAAUUAUACAACUACAUCCUACACAGCACUCAGGAAAAAAUUUUUCAUGGUGACAUGAAGAUACAGUUUCCCUGAAGCUAGUCUGAAAGGAGUUGGGGGACAGUUUUAGGUCUCUGGCUGGAAGUAUGUACAGAGAAUGAUAAGCUAAGUAAGGUUCCAGCAAACAAUAAAAGCUUGUUUGGAUUGCCUCAGAUUGGCUAUGCAAAACAGCCAAAGAAUGUACUGAAUUUUCAUCAACAGGAAACAGUCAUACAUAGGAAAUGAUGACUUUUUGAUGGCAAAAUGAGUCUGUAAUUCCAUUUCAUGAAUCAGUUGUUUUAGAAAAUUCUGAUGAAAUGGAUAUUCCAUUUUGCAAAAUUUGCAAAAUUAGUUUUCAAAAAUUAGUAACAUCCCCAUGUAAACUCAAUACAACAAUAAUUAACAGACUGGCAGCUUUUCUGAUGUCUUAAUAUUGCUCCUCAGUGCAUUGUCAUAGAGAUUGGCUGGAUUUGUUUGUUGCUGGCACCUCCAAUUGUAUGUUCUUGAAAGAGCCACAAAACUGGUUAUUUAGUAGUUCAUUGUGUUCCUGAGAUCUUUAUAUCACCCUCUUAGAAGAAUUCAGACACGAAGAGGACACGAUUGGGUUUUUAUAAAAAUCUACAAAGUGUAUUUACCUAUGGAGAGGCUGUUGAUUAAGAAUAAAGAUUAGAAGCCUAGUGCUGGCUUUUCUUAAAUUCAUUUUAUUACUGAGUCAGAGAAAGUCUACUGGGAAGUAUAAUUUUCUGAUAUAGUUUCAUUGGAAAUAUGCUUGUGUCAAUAUUAAAGAUGAUGCAUCAUAGUGAUUUCCCUUGUUUCAUGGAUACUCCUGGGUUUAGACUAAUAAAAUGUUUGGGGUCAUAAUGCCCACUAGAUGUCGCUGUUCACACAGUAGUCUGAGCUGGGGCAUUAGGUUCAGCAAGCCUUCUAAAAAGGCCCAAGUGAAGAUAAACAUUAAUGACCUUAGUUUCUGAAAUGAAGGUAUCUUGAUCAGAUCAUUCAUCUGUAAAAAAUCUUGAGGCACAUGUAGUAUUGAUUUCUGAUGCUUUGGAAGGGAUAAAAGUAUCACACAAUGUCAGGCUAAAGAGCUAAACAAAUACUGUUAGCAAAAUAAGCACUUCUAUCUUUUUUUUUUCAUGAUCAUUGGUGACUGGCCCGUGUGCUCCUCAGUUUCCAAAGUUUGUAUAAAUAUCAAAAUUAUAAAAAUGCCCGAGUUACUAAAUUUAAGUUGGCUAUGUAUGUCUAAAUACAUAAAUACUAUUUUAUUGUUAUUGCAAUUACAUGCCCUUUGAAUCCAUUUUUCUUUAAUUGCAGAUACUUGUAAAUGUUUGCUUGAUUUUUAGGAAUUAUUGAUAUCGACACCAGAGUUCUAGGUAUUUUGGUGUUGUUGAAUGUAAUAGAUCAAGAUACUAUUCUGCCUGUAAAAUCAA